AUGAUAUUUAGAUAGAAUUAUUUAAAAAUUAACAAUUAACUUUUUGUCCUAUUGUUUUUGUUAUAAACUGAAUAGAGGUUGAACCAUUAGAUAUUCUACCAAGAAAAGAAUUUAAAACUGAUUAAGGUAUUAUAUUAAAAAAAUACCUCCAAAUAAUAACCCUAAUCAAGAUUCUAUUUUAAAUUAUCAAGUUGCUUUACAAUCUAGUAAGUAGAUGAAUAUAAUUUGAAAAAAUUAUUACAAUAAAGUAUAAAAAAGCUGGAAAUAAAUUCCGAGUAUCUGAAUCAAGGAAUUAUUUAUAACAAAUAUCCUUUCUGUUUUUUUCUCAUAAUCAUAUCUUAAAAAAUCAAAAUUAUUUAUAAAAUAGGUUGUUUUAGAAUUUAAAAAAUGGUUUUUCUAAUCGUCUGGGUAUUAUUCGUGCCAUAUUAUAUUUUAUGA